AAUUUGUGCGUAAGCGGAGGGGGGGAGCGCUUCCAGGCCCCGUUUUCCGCUUUUUUCUUUUUUUUUCUCUCUCUCUCUCUCUCUUUUUUUUAAUUAUUUAUUUCCCGAGUAAACUGCAGUGUUGAUAUAAAAACACUGAUGGUGGAUAAUUUACAGGGCCCCGGGGAGAUUUCAGGAUUAUAAGGUCAUCUUUCUCUCAGCUGCUGCUCUGAAUCCAAAGACAUGGCUCGACCACGGCCGCGGGAAUACAAGGCGGGAGACCUGGUUUUCGCUAAGAUGAAGGGAUACCCGCACUGGCCAGCGAGGAUUGAUGAGCUUCCAGAGGGCGCAGUCAAACCACCUGCCAACAAGAACCCCAUCUUCUUCUUCGGGACCCAUGAAACUGCAUUCUUAGGCCCCAAGGAUCUCCUGCCCUACAAAGAGUACAAAGACAAAUUUGGCAAGUCCAACAAGAGGAAAGGCUUCAACGAGGGCCUGUGGGAGAUCGAGAACAACCCCAGAGUCAAGUUCACAGGUUAUCAGGCCAUCCAGCAGCAGAGUUCCUCAGAAACAGAGGAAGGGGGGAACGCGGCUGACGGCAGCAGUGAGGGCGAGGAGGGCGACUCUGUCGAGGAAGGAGACGACAAGGAAAAGCUGAAGGAAGACAAGACCGGAUCCAAGCGGAAAAAGACGGCCUCCGCCAAGAAAUCCUCCAAGCUGUCCAGGAUCUCAUCUGCAGAGGAUGACAUGGAGAAGGACAGCAAAGACGAUGACCAGAGGAGUGGCUCAGAGGGAGGAGACCCCGACAAUGACAUCAUCAAAAACACCACCGACUGUAAGAACCAGUUGCUCAUAGAAGAACACUGAGUGAAGAAAACAUGAAAGGGAAAUCCUUCCUUGUAGCUGCCAUGUUGGAGAGAUGAAUCCACAACAUGAACUCUCAUCAGCACCAUGUUCUGGCUGCUGCCAUCGUCACCCCCUCCUCUCUGUCCAACUCUUGAGUACGUACUUGUAAGAAAGAUGCACCCAUACUAAUACUGAUACCAGUGGAUACCAGGGUAAAAAAAAGGGCAUUAUAACACUCUGUUGUUUUGUUCUGUUUUCAUAAAUCAAAUGCCUCCAGUGAUUCUGAAUCCUUGUUUAUAUUUUUAAAGGGCUGUUUCACCCAUUUUUUUUCCCACUUGGUCAAAUGAAGGAUAAACUUAAAAUCAUUAUGAUGCUGCUGUGUUUGUUUGUUUAAUUCAACCAUUUUUUAUUAUUAUUAUUUAUAUUAUAUAUAUAAAUAUAUAAACAAUUAUAUUAUAUUUGCUAUUUAUUUAUUUUAUUUUUUUACUCUUAAAACUUGGCAGAAUCUUGACAGUAAAGAGCAGCGUAGGGCUUUUAUUUCCUUUGAAGGAAGUGAUGUUCAAUCCCAACUUCCUCUGUUGUUGUGACCACUGUCUCAUGAUCAAAUAACACAUUUAUCUCUGGAAAUUAGUAAAAAAAAAAGGGGUGAAGUGGCCUUUCAAUUACAUUUUACUGUUAUUUAAGGUCCAAAACUCAGAAUUUCAGCCAAAAUGUCACUGGUAUUCAUCCACAUGCCCGUCCUCAUCUUGUGUUAUUAUAGAACAGUCAAAAAGAUGACAUUGAUUAUUGUUUGUGGGUCAUUUUAACCGUAGUAUGUAAAACAAAUCUGUGUUGUGGUAAACCGUACAGUAUUGGUGCACUUCUACUGUGUGUGACAUGAUAUAGCAUCCUCAUGAUGACGCGAUGGUCAUGUCGCACGUACAUUGCACAGAGAAGGGGAGGUCGGUCGUGGCAGCUCAUCUUCUUCCCAACCCGCCAUAAAAACCACAGUGUAGAUAACAUCAGUCAGUAUUUAUAACAAUGCACACAUUGAUAUCAUGUCGCUCACGAUCACAUGUCACUGUGUACAAACACAUUUGAUAAGAACGCCAUAUUAAUAUGUAUUCAUAAAUAUGUGUCCUCCCACUGUCUAUGAUAUAUGUUGGGUAUUGCGGUGUACUGAUGACUCUAUAGUUGUAGCUUGAAAUUUCUUUUUUUUUUACGAGAAUAAUUACACGGAGGGAAUUCUGGAAUAGAUUGUAACCAUUUAUCGUUAUCCAUCACACUAUGUUACCCUUUUAUGUAACCACAAAAAGAUGAAUGGAAAUACAUAGAUAGAUGUGAAAGAAGUGUUGUGCACAACUGGGUUACAGGUUGUAACUAAAUAUUAACAAUAUAUAUGUAUAUUUUACUUUGGCUGUAGGAUAUAGGUCCACUAUUCUACUUGAACUGCUCUAGGUAACGGAAAACGUGACACAUCUGUUCUUCUGUGUAUCUGUGAAAUAGAUCCUUUUUAUAUAGGCAUGCUCUGCUGUUGUGCUCCAUGUCAUUCUUUUUUCUUCUUUUAUUUUGAAAGGGUCAGUGAAAGAAUACACAAUACACACUUUUUAGUUGCCUUGUCUCAGUGUUUAAAGUGAUAGUCAAGGUAUUUUGAAUUGUAGCUGUAUGAGUGACUGACAUAGUGCGGACUACAGUGUGCGCACAUACCUGAUGUGCCCCUUUGCACUCAGGAAAAUGAAGUUUGUAAAAUGUUCACUCUACUGCACCAAAGCCCAUAGAGAAAAUCUGUGUUUUUAGCUUGAGGGGGACAAUGGAGUUUCUGGUCUACUGCUGCCUUGUUGGUUAAGUGUGGGUCACUUGAGUAUAUCUGAACAAAGGAUUUGAAAAACAUAAAUCACAAAAUAAUGCAUUUGAACUUAUAGAUGGAGGCAGCUGUGACUCAACAGCCUCUGCAGGGUGCAAUGUAACAUUACUCGUUUUCUCUAUGGACUUUGGUGUGGGAAGUAAGAGGAUUAUAAAACAAAGCAAACUUGGAAAUGGCUGCUUAAUGGCACAACAGAGUCCAACAUAUUCAGAUGGUAUUAUUGACUUAAGUUGUAUUUUAUAGGGUGAGUGGCUAAAAUCUGUCCACACUUGUUUUGUAAGGACACUGCAGCCUGUGAAGACAUCUCACAGUAUCAUCAUGCAAUGUUGCAUUUUGCAGUUGACAUAGAUUGAUAACACCGGACGACUUUUACAGUGGCCUUUACUUUGCUUCACUGUUGUCAUGAGAAUACAUUUUUUUUUCCUGAUUAUUGCUGAAUAAGAAUAUGUAAAGUCAUCUUUUAUUCCAUUCAAACAUGUGUUGUGUUCAUGUUAGGAUCUUAUUUGCAUUUUUAAGGUUUGUAACUUAAAGUAAAAUGUUUUUGUUGUUUAUGGAUGAGACUUUUACAAUAAACUACUUGGAAUGCA